AAGCACCGAAUGGCCUAAGCCCCUCAUCCCAUUCCUUGUCAGCACCUUCCACUAAAGAAGCCUUCCAAGAGUAAUUUUUGAAGCUAAGGCUUAUAAUCUGUCUCAGAUUCUCUCCAAGAACUUUAGCCUGGAUUAGAAUCCUAGUGUUUCAUGGUAUAUAAAGUUUAUCCUUUGAUACUUUAGGAGCUUCAUAAACAAUCUUUGAGACAGAAUUAUGCCAUGGAGGCCCUCAAUGCAGCAGGCUUAACACCCAUAUCCGCAGUUCUCAGUGACAGGAAACAAGAACCCAGAAAAAUCCCAUUUUUCUUUCCAAUUUCCCAUUUCAAAUCCUCAAAUUCCUCUAGUUUUAACACCAGCCCAUCAGCUCUACAGGAGUGUUUUCCAAGGAAAAUUCAUGGGGGUUUGGUUAUUCUCUCCUCUGUUCUAAACUCUGGGAUUGCUAAAGCUUUGACAUAUGAAGAAGCAUUACAGCAGACUGUUGGGGGUGGGUCCUCCGGUGGGAGUGGGGUUCUAGAUAGUGCCAUUAGUUUUGCAACAGAGAACCCAGCCAUUAUAGCUGGUGGGGUCGCCAUUUUGGCUGUUCCAUUGGUUUUGUCUCAGCUUUUUGUGAAGUCUAAGCCAUGGGGAGUUGAGUCUGCAAGAGCUGCGUAUGCAAAAUUGGGUGAAGAUCCUAAUGCACAGUUGCUUGACAUAAGGCCACCUGUUGAGUUUAAGCAAGUGGGCAGUCCAGACAUCCGGGGUUUAGGAAAGAAGUCAGUGUCUAUUGUCUACAAAGGCGAAGAUAAACCAGGCUUCUUAAAGAAGCUCUCUUUGAAGUUCAAGGAACCAGAAAAUACCACAUUGUUCAUCCUCGACAAAUUCGAUGGGAACUCCGAACUAGUUGCUGAGUUGGUCACUGUAAAUGGGUUUAAAGCUGCUUAUGCUAUAAAAGAUGGCGUGGAAGGAUCCCGAGGAUGGGUGAAGAGCAAUCUCCCAUGGAUAGCACCAAGGAAAGGACUGAGUUUGGAUCUUGGAAAUUUCACAGAAGCUAUCAAUGAUGCCUUCGGAGAGGGCUCAGGUGACUUGUCUAUUACCCUUGGCAUUGCUGCAGCAACAGGAUUGGGCGUGGCGGCAUUUUCAGAGAUAGAAACAAUACUCCAACUCUUAGGCUCAGCUGCACUUAUUCAGUUUGGGACCAAAAAACUCCUAUUUGCUGAGGAUAGGAAAAAAACUCUAAAACAAGUUGAUGAGUUCCUGAACACCAAGAUUGCCCCUCAAGAUCUUGUGGAUGAGAUAAAGGAAAUUGGACAAGCUUUACUCCCAACAGUGUCUAGCAAGGCUCUUCCUGUACCAGCAGAGGCAAGUCCGAAUGCUGCUACUGCCGAUACUACAGUACAGAAAGCAGAAGCAACUGCAGAACCUGUUCAAGAAAUAAACUCAGUCCCCAAAACGGAAACUAAAGCAGAAGCGCCUCCUCCAAUCUCAAAACCACUUUCACCGUACCCUUAUUAUCCAGAUUUUAAGCCCCCAACGUCACCUUCACCAUCACAGCCUUAGAGUUCCAAAGAAUUUGUUUCAAGCGGGGUAGUGGUUUGCUUAGGAAUUUUCAAAGCUUCAACACAGUUAAUGCAACUUAUGUAUUUAUGUUUCAAGAAAUUUUCAUGUCUCACUUUACAUAUUAGCUCAAAUAAUAUUGUACUAUCACGAUGAGUACUAAGAGAAUUCAACAACUUUUGUUUA